AUGUAAUUGUUGAACUAACUUUAUUUAUAGAUUCCACUAGAAAGAGUAAAGUUAUUAGACUGUUUUAGUUACGAAAUUAUUUCACAUCAACGUGAAUGAGAAAAUGGUGAAGCAAAUAAUAAAAAUUUGUGAAAAACCUGGAUUAGGCAGGCACGUUGUAGCUAAUUUAGAUUUAACUGAAGGGCAAAUAGUGCUAAUUGAACAACCACUAAUUAGAGGGCCCGCACAAAUUACUAGUCCUGUUUGUUUGGGUUGUUUAAAAUCCCUAAAUAUAAAUACAGCAACAGAAUGUUCUAAAUGUGGUUGGCCUAUGUGUGAAGAUCUCAAGUGCUUGGAGGAUGAAUGGCACAGAGCAGAAUGUGAUUGGACAGCCAAUCAAAGGAAACUUAAAGUGAAAAUUAAAAAUUUUGACAUACCUCAUCCGAGUUAUCAAUCAAUUAUAGUCAUAAGAUGUUUAUACCAAAAACAAAAUAACCCUGAAAUUUGGACUAAAUUGAUUUCAUUGGAAUCACAUUGUGCUAAUAGACGAGGUGGGCCUAAGUAUGAGGCGGACAAAAUCUGGAUUGCGGAUUACUUGUAUAGAUUUUUUAAAUUGAACCCAGAAGAAUAUCCUAUUGAUGAAAUACUUAAGGUUUGCGGCAUUGUUCAAGUCAAUGGUCACGAAGUACCAUUAACAGAUCCUGCAUAUGUUGCUAUUUAUGACAUAGGGUCUAUGUUGGAACACAGCUGUAUACCAAAUUGUUCUAAAACUUUUACAUCUGAUGGACAUUUACUUAUUAGAACCGCUGGUACAGCAAUAAAAUAUAAACAAAACUUGUCUAUUUGUUAUACUGAUCCUUUAUGGGGAACACCGCAACGAUUAGCUCAUUUAGCAGAUACUAAGUAUUUUGUUUGCAAAUGUUCGAGGUGCUCUGAUCCCACAGAGUUGGGAACAUAUUAUAGUGGAGUAAAAUGUACAUUUGAAGAUUGCAUGGGAUACGCAUUACCUAAUGUCACUCUAUCGAGUACGGACCCAUUUAACGUGACUUGGAUUUGUAAUUUUUGUACAACAACAGCAGAUCCUGAACAAGUAGAACGUUGUUUAGCUCACAUAGGUAAAGAUAUGGCUGCUAUGAACCGUAGAGAUCCAGAACAUUGUCGAAAGUUUUUGGAUCAUUACGUGUCAGCUGGUGAUUUACAUCCAAAUCAUUAUUAUUUCAUUGAUAUACGUCUUAAUUUGGCUCAACUAUACGGUCAAAUUGAAGGUCAACCAUUAGAUAAAUUAUCUCAGGAACAAUUAGUCAAUAAAAGAGAGCUCUGUCUUAAAAUAUUAAAAAUAGCCGAUAUUUUGUUUCCAGCUGAAAAUCGAUUACGCGGCUCAUUAAUGUUUGAAAUGCAUUCUGUUAUGGCUGAAGAAGCAAGACGCUCAAAUCAUGAUACUAAUUCUUUAAUUGAAGCUCUUUUAAGAUCAAAAUACUAUCUAGAACAAGCAGAAAAUAUGUUAAAACACGAACCCAAAGAAAUGCCAGAAGGUCAAAUGGCUAAUCAAUGUAAGAAAAACGCUAUGGAUUUGGAAACACUUUUAAAAAAAUUACAUGAUUCUGUAGGUAUAGCAUCAAUAUGAAUGAUAAAAAUAUAAAUUUUAAUUUUAAUAUACUAUAAUUUAAAUUUUUACAUAAAAAUUAUAUGAAAAAAAUUUGUUAAAAAUACAAUUUUAUGAAGUAGUAUAAGUUGUUAUGCUGACAAACUCAAAUAAAUUUUAAGUUGAAAUCCAUUGGUCAACAUUAAGUGACGUAACGUUUUGGUAAUUUAACUAAUGAUACAACUAUUUAUUAAUUAUAAAAAACGUAAUUAAUGUUAAAAUAUAUUUAUCAAAUCCUUUCAAAUUACUAUUUUUUAAAAACCCGACAAAAUGAAUAGUGGUAUAGUGGGACAAGUAUAAAAUGAUAAUUUAUGAUUUCUCCUUCUUCUUCUUUUUCCUCGCCUUAAUCCCAAUUACUCGUGUCGGCCACCCUUAUCCUAAACUUUUACCUAACAAGAUCUCCCACAUCAUCUACGCUAACAUCAGCUAUCCUCAUAUGGCAUUCAAUAGAAUCCCUCCAUCUCUUUUUUGGUCUUCCUCUACCCCUUCUUCCUUCAACAUUCAUUUCUAUAACUGUUCUUACACCUUUCGAUUCUUCUUUCCUCAUAACAUGACCAAACCAUCAAAGUCUAUUUUCUCUCAUCUUAUCCACGAUUACACCCAACCCAACACGACUACACCUAUACUCCCUCUUAUAUGCUCGUUCCUUAUCCUAUCUUCUCUAGUCACUCCACUCAUCCAUCUAAGCAUUCUCAUCUCUACUAUUCUCAUUCUCUACUAUUCUCAUUCUCUACUCUACUUUCUUGUCAAUUGCCCAAAACUCUGAACCAUACAUCAUAGCUGGCCUUAUUACAGUCUUGUAGAAUUUACCUUUUAGCCUCAUUGGAAUUAUUUUAUUGCAUAAGACACCAACCAGGUGUUUCUCUCCAUUUCAAUCACCUGCACUUAAUUCUGUGUCAAUAACCCCGCAUUUUACACAACUGAUCCUAAAUAUUUAAAACUUUCCACCUCUCCAUUCACGUCCUCGCCUAUUGUCACUGGUCUUUUUAUUUUACUUACCUUUUACCUUUUCCCAAAUUUUCAUACUAUGACUCUUAAGUUUAAUACCUCUAUAAUUUCCACACUCCUGUAUGUCUCCUUUACCUUUAAAUACUAUUCCUCCAUUAAUUUGGUAUCUUCCCUUCUAAUAAUAUUUUAUUUAAAAGUUCCUUCAACCACCUUAUGCCAACACCGCCUAAUAUUUUCCAUACUUCUACUGGCACUUCAUCUGGUUCUACUGCUUUAUUAUUUUUCAUUGAUUCCACAGCCUUCCAUACCUCUUUCUCACUAAUUAAAUCUACCAGUCCCUCAUUCCACGAGAUAUCCUCUAAUGUCUCUUUUGGGUACUCCUCAUUCAAUAAUUUUUCAAAAUACUCUUUCCACCUUUUUUUCACAUCAUCAUCACUCGAGAGUACCUUAUUAUCAACACUUUUUAUACACCUUAUAUAAUGAUAAUCUUUAGUCCUUUUCUCUCUUACUUUUGCAAGUCUAAUGAUUUUUUUCUCACCUUCCUUUAUUCCUAGCCUAUCAUACAAAUCAUCAUACCUCAUCCAAUCUUCUCUCCUUUUGCUCUUCUGUCAUAUUUUAAAUUGUUCUUUCUUACUUUCUAUGACUUAAAAUUAUAAUAAUAUUAAUAUAAUAUUACACAAUAAGUAAUUUAUUAAUUUAUAAUAUACAUGAAAAAAUCAU